UUCAAUGCCGGAGGCACUGGGUUGUAACGCAAAUGCGUUAACCAGUCAGGGUAAUUUCUGUUGCUGUGUAAGUACAGACAAUGUCGCGUUUCUCGUGGUUCAGCUUGUUGGCGUUAAUCUGUGCUGUAGUCCUUGGGAUCUACUGGAACUACGAUGCCUACGAUCCAGAAUCUUUGCGGGGGGCCACAGUCGUCAUCACGGGCUGCAGUACCGGUAUCGGCGAAGAGAUGGCGUACCAGUACGCCCGGCUGGGAGCAAAGAUCCUCAUCACAGCCAGGAGGGAGGACAGACUGAAGGAGGUCGUGGCGAAAUCUGUGUCUCUGGGAGCCCAGGAGGCGCACUACGUGGCCGGGGACAUGGGGAAGGCGGAGGACUGUGAGAGAACCAUUCAAACAGCCAAGGAGAAAUUCGGUCGACUGGACUAUUUGGUGCUGAACCAUCUUGGAUCCAAUUUCGGACCUCUUCAUGACAAAUUCUUCAAGGGAGAAUCUUGGGACCAGGACCCGGAUGUGGACUUCUUCGAGGAUUUCCUUAACAUCAACCUGGUCAGUUACGUCCGGCUGGCCUCCCUGGCCCUGCCUCUGCUGAAGGCGAGCAGCGGACAUCUCGUGGUGGUGUCCUCUGGUUUCGGUAAAAUGUACUGGCCAAACCUGAGCUUCUACAGCUCCGCCAAGUUCGGCCUGGACGGGUUCUUCAGCUCGCUCCGUGUGGAACUGAUGAAGGCAAGGCAGGACGUGUCCGUCACUCUCGCCGUGCUGGGCUUCAUCGCGACACCGACAAUAUCGGAAAAGUUGCAAAAUGUGCCAGACGGUGAGAAAGCCCUGGAAGGUGCCGCUCCGAUCGGCGAGACUGCCCAGGCGGUUAUCCGGGGAGGGGCGACCCGCGCCCGGGAGGUGUACUAUCCCUUCUACACAUGGAUUAUGGCCAAGCUCACCGGGCUGGUGCCGCAGUUUGUGGACUACAUAGGUGUCAGGGUUAACAUGCUACCGGAAAGUUAAUGGUUUAUUUACUUGUAAGUCAAAGAUCUAGUUACUGGUAAGUUAACAAUUUAGUUACUUGUAAGUUAACGAUUAAGUUACUUGUAAGUCAAUGAUCUGGUUACCUGUAAGUCGAUGAUUUGGUUACAAGGAAGUUAAUGAUUUUGUUACCUAGAAGUUAAUGAUUUAAUUAAUGAUUCAGUUACCUGAAAGUUAAUGAUUUACCUUGGCAGCUAACAGAAAAAAACACAUUCAAGAUUAUCGAGAAUGUGCUCCGCCAUGUAAGAUAAGUCACAAAGGAGCUGAGGGUAACUUAGUAAAAUGUUAAAAUGUUUCUCUUUUUUUUGUCAUUUAAAUAGCCUGAUAUAAUGGAAGCUGAUAUCGGUUAGCGGACAUGUAGGUAAUCAUUGAGGUGCGGAUUCUUUAUGGGGCUGAGUUAUAAAACUAUGUAUUUCUACUAUGUUUAAAUGUGAAUGUUGUAUACGAAAGAAUGGAAUGUAAGAAUAUAUAUGUUGUUCAAGACCAUUUCUUGAUAUUGAUCCAUUGUGUGUGGAAGGUAAAUGAUUUAUCCAGACAUAACACCACAUGUUACAACGCAUUUUUGGCAGUGGAAAUUCACCGGCAAUUAAACCAAAAACAACACGACCGUGAAUUUAACACG